GUUGAAAUAUAAACGGUGGCUCAUGAAAGUAUUUGAACAUCUAAUAAAGAAUUUUUAUGAAUAUAUUGUGUACGUUAUAUGAAAAGUUUUGAAAUGUCAUUGGCGCUUUAAUAAGAAUCGACUAACGUGACUAUAUUGGUAAAAUUUAAAAAACAAUGUGAAAAAAUGUAUGUAUGUAUGUACAAAUUGCAAGAUAUAUAUUUCAUAUUUAUAGAAGGCUUCUAUAAACGUUCUACAUGAAUACUUUCGCGAGCAACUGUAAUUAAUUGAAUACAUUUUUGGAUAAAUAAAAUUACCCUUACAUAAGUUAUUCUUUCAGAGCUGUGCGAUGUCAACGAAAAGCUGUUUCUUGCGGCUUCUUUAAAAAAUAUGCGUUGUAAUCAGAAACAAUUACAAAUUAAUUCUUAUUAAUGCAACAAUAAGGAGGUAGUUUCAACAUUUAAAAAUUGUAUUUACUGGAAGAUUACUAGGAAUUUUAUUACUACGAAUUAUAGUUAUUACGAAUUUAUAGCAUGUUUGUUAGUUUAGUUUUGAUGGAUAUUGCGUUUGCUUUUGUCGUAGUGAGUGAUGAGGAAAGUUUCAGCGUCCACACGCGAUAAGUUAAAAUAAUAAAUAAUUUGACACACAGUUACGUACAUCAUUGAAUGUGUCUGCUAUACGAGCUUUUAAGGAAAAAUUUCAGACGUGACGAUUGCACAGUUGGCGGUAUAUUUUGGAAGGCAAAAGGAAGAAAAGGAAGAUGGAACUUGUGUCGCAACUCAGGCGCGAACUCAGGUCGAGGUAAGUGGGACAAAAGGAAAGAGGAGGGAGGCCAAGUGGGACCGACCAACAGAAGCCGAGGAAGAUUUUGCAAGAAAAGCCAAGAGAACGCGUCCUUCUUGUCGAACUAAACCGACGAAAAAAGGAAGCGCUGAUGCAACUACCAUUUUCCGUGAAAACCGAUCGAAUUUCAUUGCGAGUCGACUUUUUGAUUGGCAAAGUUUUCCUAUACAAUAGUUUACUAACUACAAAUAUUAGUGAAUUUACAAAUAAUAUAUUAAAGGUUUUAAACUAUUUUUUAUCAUUCUACAACAAGAGACAAUUUUCCGGUAAUUUAGGUAAACCAAUAAAAACCAGCACACAAUCGAUCAAAAUCAAAUCACUUUUUUCUAACAAAUACAGAGAUAGCGCUGUAUCCGAAUAUUAAUGUAAGUAAACUGUAUUGAUACUAAUAAUAACUUAGAAAGCACAAAUCGACUAUGGUUAUCGACACUCGAUGCAAGCAAGUAUCGAUCAGUACCGUUCAAAGCGGAAGAAAACAAUCGAAGGAAAGCUUAACCUCGAUGUCACAGUGUCACGAUUACUAUACGUGGAAAGAAUAAUCAGUUCCUACAUUAACCGACUGAAUCAAGAUUCGAUCGAUCGAAGCUAGAAAGAUUGCGAUAAUAUCAGUAAAUUAAAGGACUAAAAUUUAAAGAAAAUAGAAACGAAGAUUGUAAAAAAUGGAUAACGAGCUACAAGACGAAUAUGAGGAUAUCACGUUUUGUCAUCGAAUAACCAUAUUUCCUCCUCUGAUACGCAACGCAAUCGUAACGAAGCCUAUUUCACAGUGUUUCGGAUACAAAUUUAUCACCUGGGCAAAAUUAUUCCAUUUAAUGACUAUCGUGUUUAUAAUGUGGAUGGGUUGGGCGGUUUUAUAUUUUAUAUUGGGCGACACGAUGUUACCGACAAACGACGGUUUUGGUUUAUACAUCCUCGCGUUAUUCUCAGCCUGGCUCGGCUGGUGCUUGUCAUCAAUUCCUUACUUAAGGAUUCCACCGGUGUUCGGCAUGCUAGUCGCCGGUAUAAUAGUUCGCAAUUCUGGACUGUACAAUAUUCACGAGGAACUCGGUGCAGUGACAACCUCUAAGAUCAGAACAUUUUGCCUAACCUUUAUCAUGAUACGCGCUGGACUUCAGCUGUCAACUACCAGUCUGGGAAAACAUACUAUAUUCAUAAUGAUGCUGGCCAUCGUUCCUUCCUCGAUCGAAGUUCUCGUUCUCUCGAUAUGCUGCAGAUACAUUCUGUCGUAUCACUGGGACUGGUCUUUUAUGGCUGGAACAAUACUCGGCUGUAUGUCGCCAGUGUUAAUCAUGAACUCUAUCCUGGCUUUGGCUGAGCAUGGUUAUGGCGAAGACCAUGGACUCGCUACGAUUCUUUCCACUGCUGCCUGUAUCGACGUCGUGCAUGUUAUCUCCCUGUUCACGAUUUGCUACUCAUUCGUCUUCGCCAACGACGAGGAUAGAAGCAAAUGGUGGUAUUACAUAUUAUCCAUCGGUAUUCGCGAUUCGAUAUUGGGCAUUAUGGCAGGAACUUUUCUGGGUAUCUGCUUCGUAUUUAUCCCUCAUCGUAGCCACAAAAACGCCAACUGGUAUCGAAUAAUCUGCUUGGUGCUUGGCUCUUUGAUGUGCACAACAGCAACUGCUAAAAUGACCAUCUCCGGUGGAGGAUACCUCGCCAGUUUAGUCAUGUCGUUCGUCAGCAUGGUUGGUUGGAGAAUUUUGACCGUUUCCUUUGACACGACGUCCUUUCGACGAGUGACGCAUACACUUUGGCAGCUGGUUCAACCGAUUUUGGUCGGAGUCAUUGGUGCUGACAUUGAAUUCGUGAAUUGGUCUGUAUCCAGAUUCGGGCUCUAUAUAUCAUGUAUUCUAAUCGGAUUGAUGGGAAGAAGUUGCGCCACCUAUUUGGCGACCUGGCGUACUCCAUUGACGUGGAAAGAACGAUUGUUCGUAGUGGUUUGUUGGCUACCGAAGGGUACCAUACAGGCAGCUUUGGGUCCGAUGGCGUACGAACACUUGCGGAACGGAGAGGAAUCUGAGGAACUCCAAAUGGCUAUGGACAUCGUGAAAGUAUCCGUGGUUACCAUUUUAUUUCUAUCGCCGAUCGGAGCCAGUUUGAUUAGCUAUACGGGGCCAAUUCUCCUUGUUCAAACUACCGCCGAGCAACGUCAAAGAGAUCGCGAGUUGAGCUAUUUGCGAAUCCUCUCCUUUCUACCCAUGUCAGAACAGAUCCAUCAACAGAACCCCUGAUGCUCUGAAGUCCUCAUCUUCUGCAUACUAGAACCGAUCGAUCGCUCUCGCUUAGACGUUCUCAAGCUCGACGACUAACCGAUCGACUAACCGAGUGCUCUUGAUAUCAUCUUCGUGGGAAAUCAUCGGCGCUUACCGCAGACAACGAGUUUACCCAGUUUAUUGAGUCUACCACGCGCUACAGUUUUCACAGGCAAACGCAUCACCUCCAUUUGAUGUUAUCCUUUUUAAUUUACCAUCUUCUCCUUUGGACUUGUAUAGGAGGAUGGUCUGCUGUAAAUUUGUUAUUCUUUUCAUUAUUAUUCAGUCGAUUUUAGUAAAAUAAACAUUUUACUUUAUCAAA